AGUCAGAUACUUCGGGUGAACGGCUAAAGAAGACCGAGAAUUUUUCUAUUCGGGUUUUUUUUUUGGCCGGAUAACUAUUUGUUUCUGUCUGAAUGCACAGAGACUUCCAGUUCGGGAACAAGUUUAACCAGCUUCCAAUCCUGUUAGAGUCGUGGUAACCAAGUAAGAUGUGCGCACAUAGACGGUUCAUCUAAUGGCAAAAGGCCAAACAACAAACACUGCAUUUAAUUACAAUCGAUUCGCAUUAGAUAUGGAUUCUCGAUAUAGUCGCAGCUUCUCGGGCGGUAACGGAAACGGCAGCGAAUCGGGCUACAAGCGCUACACUCGCUCCCGAUCCAGGGAACGAAGUCGGGACCGCAAUGAUUACAGACGUCGCAACUCCCGUUCGCGCAGUCGGGAGCGGUCCUCACACUAUAGAAACGACCGCAGUCCGGAUCGCGAUCUGUACCGCGACCUGAUCGACGAGGAUUACGAGGAUCAGGGAAACUACAACUCGAGACAGAGCCUUGACCAUCGCCAGCGCCACGGCGAAGACAAGUACGAUCGUUGGGAUGCUGAUAGCCAGGGUCGCAGGGAUCACGAUAGCUACAGCAACCAAGACCGUCAUGAUCAGAGCAACUACGACAAGCGUGGCCAGGAUAGAGAUAAGGACCGCGAUCACCGCUGGAAAAACUACGAUCGCCUUUCGAGAGAGCGCAACCAUGAUGACUUCGAUCGGGGAUCGGAGCGCAGCAGCCGCAGCAAUGACCAGCGGCAGUUCAAUAACAAUGGAAAUAGCAACUCCAGCAGCAGUAACAGAGAUCGCGAGAAGGAGGGCGAUCGCGAUAGACGGUAUUCCUCGGACGAGGACAGCGACAUGGCCAGCGAAUUCAGGCAGAGAGGUGCCCCCAACAGUGGCAGCAGCGUUGAGCCCUUGAACAACAUAAUCCUCUUCGGACUGAAGAAGCACGUCACGGAAGCAGACAUCAUGGGCGAGCUGAUCAAGGUCGACAUGGAGCCCACAUCCAUUCGCGUGAUGAGGAAGCAGCAAACAGGUGCCUCACGCUGUUUUGCAUUUGUCGAGUUUAAAACCGUUGAGGAGGCGACUCGUUGGAUGGAGUUAACCCAGGGAGUCCUCCAGCUGGGCGAUCAUCGUGUCACCAUGCAGUAUAGUCACACUCGCAUCUCCGACUGGACUUGCAUUAAGUGUGGUGCCAGCAACUUUAAGCGCCGCUUCCAAUGCUACAUGUGCAACGCGUCGCGGGCGGAGAGCGAAAAUGCUCUUCACGGAGACGGCGAGGGCAUCGACGAGAUCAGCCGCAUCCUCACAAAAAAGAUCAUGCUCCGCGGCUUGGACGCGCUGACAAACGAGGAGGGCGUGCUAACUGCCCUUCAGCAGCGCCUGCCCGAACUGGCCAAAACAGUCAGCAAGGUGCUGGUCAGUCGCGACGUCCUAACCAAUGCAUCUCGGGGCAUUUGUUACCUCAAUUUUGACACACUCAUUGAUUCUAUGAACGUGUUCAACGGGCUGACGGCGUUGGAUCCGCCACUCACUCUGGACGACAAAACUGUUAUCGUCACCUACUGUAUUGACUCCGAAGACCGUCAAAUGAUGCCAGCCGAAGGCAACUUCUUCACAGCUGGUGAAACAGCGAUGUCUCCGUCGGCCAUUACGGCCUACACUUUGGCGGAUGUGCCUCGUCUCGCGGAGUACAGUGCAUCCGUGUAUGCUUCCAAUCCGUUGGAGCAUGCACAAUACGUCCAGUACUAUACGGAUUAUUACACGACUGAAAUAAGCAAGAACUGCGGAGGUCGUCACGUGACGGAGGCCAACUCAGGCGCUGCCGUGGCUCUCUCGGCCAUCCAGCGCAAGCAAAGGAAGGUAAGCCAGAUGGAGACCAUGAGUUCGGUGACAGAGGCGAAGGUCGCCUUCCUUGCCAGGGGCGAAAGUGCUCCUAAGGGGAAUGAUGGCAAAAAAUAUGAUACUCCCGAUGUGUCCAAGUACCAGUACGACGAGACCUCCGGCUACUACUACGACCACGUUACAGGUCUCUACUAUGAUGCCCACUCGCAGUACUACUACAACAACGAGACGGGCGCGUAUCUGUACUGGGAUCAGAAGCGGAGCACCUAUGUGCUGGCCACACCCGCUUCCACUCAGGCAGCCCUCAAGGAAGUAUUAGCCGAUGCCGAGAAAAAGGAGGAGGAGGCUAAAAAGGCAAAGGAGAAGGAAAGAGAAAAGGAGGAAACCGGCAAGCCCGACAAGGUGAAGGUGGCCAAGAAGAUCGUCAAGGACAUGGAGAAGUGGGCCAAGCACCUGAACCAGAAAAAAGACUACACAGCAGUGGCCACACCGCAGCCCAUCCUGUCGGAUACUGAGUCGGCCACCACCUCCCGUGCUUCCCAAGGGGCAUAUGCUGAUGUGGGAUUCUCAAUCCUUGAGAAGAAGGAUCUUGGCAAGCUCAACGAGUAUGUACCGGAGGCAGGACCUCCAGCAAUGAGCAAAUUGGUUGGCGCUUAUGGAGGGCCUUCUGACUCGGACGAUGAUAAUAGUGGCAAUCCGAAAGCUCUUGCCGAUGAAGCUGACUACGUGGAUUUCCAAAAACUUACUUGCCGGCUCUGUAAGCGUGCCUUCCAAUCGCUGGACAUCUUGCAGAAGCAUUUGAAAAUGUCGAAUCUACACAAGGAGAAUAUGGCCAAGCUUAAGCAGAAUUCCGCAGUUGAGGCUGGCACGGAUGAGGGUCAAUCCUAUCGUGAUCGUGCCAAGGAACGCAGGCUGAAGUACGGUGAGAGCGAUCCUCCUCCACCAAACAGGAGCCGGGAGCGUUUCGAGCAGGAGAUAAAGACUUUGCAGUCGCGCCAGAAGGAUUCUUUUGGCGCUACUCCAGCCACGCCCAUCAGUUCGAGCAACGUGGGCAGCCGCCUGAUGCAGAAGAUGGGCUGGUCGGAGGGCCAGGGACUGGGCAAAAAGAACCAAGGGCGCACUGAGAUCAUAGAGGCUGAUGGUCGUUCUAACAACGUGGGGCUGGGCAACAAGACUGGCCAAUUGACGUCUGGAAACGACUACAAAUCCUACAUCAAAAAGAUGAUGAAGCAGCGUUAUGAGAACGCCUGA